CACUUUAGAGUCUGUGAUUAGCCAAUGGAACGACUAUCUAGAGAGGAAAAACCAGUUGGAGCAGUGGAUGGAAUCAGUGGAUCAAACAGUGGAACAUCCCUUACAAGUGCAGCCAGGUCUGAAAGAGAAGUUUUCCCUGUUGGACCACUUUCAGUCUAUUGUGUCUGAGGCAGAAGAUCAUGCCGGAGCCCUUCACCUCCUAACUGCAAAGUCCAGGGAGCUCUAUGAGAAGACUGGGGACGAGUCUUUCAAGGAAAUAGUUCAAGAGGAGCUGAAGACACAGUUUAAUGAUAUAACAACUGUUGCCAAGGAGAAAAUGAGGAAAGCAGAAGAGAUUGUGAAAGACCAUCUAAUGUACUUAGAUGCAGUCCAGGAAUUCACAGAUUGGCUCCAUUCAGCAAAGGAAGAACUUCACCGGUGGUCAGAUAUGUCUGGAGACUCAUCAGCCAUGCAGAAAAAGUUGUUGAAAAUUAAG